AUGCUUAUCCUUGCCCUUGAUGUCUUUGCGGUUCUCUGUGUGUUUGUACUCCUCAAACGCUUGUUAACGCGUCAAAAAUUCUACCCGCUGCCGCCUGGACCAAAGGGCCUUCCCAUUGUCGGGAACAUUCUGGAUAUGCCAGCAGAGCAGGAAUGGGAGACCUUUUCUACAUGGUCUGACGCUUAUGGCGAUAUAUCUAGUGUCACUGUGCUUGGGAAGACGAUAGUCAUUCUGGGUAGUACUCGAGUCGCGAUGGACCUCUUAGACAAGCGCAGCGCCAUCUACUCAGACCGGCCGACAUUGCCUAUGGGCGGGGAACUUGUUGGAUGGAAAAACACGCUUGUCUUGCUACCUUAUGGCGACCGCCUCCGCCGCUUUCGACGUCUCUUUCAUCAGACAAUUGGCAGUCGACACCUCAUGCACCAGUUUCACCCCGUUCAAGAGACAGAGGCAAAUCGGUUCCUCCGAUUCCUCCUGGCCAAACCAAAGGAUGUAUUAAAACAUAUUCGCAGGACUGCGGGGGCGAAUAUCCUUCGUAUUUCGCAUGGCUACGAAGUUAAGGAAAACAAUGAUCCUUUUGUGCAACUUGCCGAGCAAGCAACGGAGCAGUUCUCGCUCGCUACCGCUCCAGGUGCCUUUAUGGUGGACAUCCUUCCAGCUUUGCGCCACCUCCCUCGCUGGGCUCCCGUCGGUUGGCGCAUCAAGGCGAAUGCAUGGUCGGCGACAUUGAAUCAGCUGGUCGAACAACCUCACGCCUUCGUGAAGCGUCAGUUAGCCGCUGGCGUUGCUCCCAUCUCAUUCACAUCCAAGUUGCUGGAACCGAAAGAGAUCUCGGCGGAAGAAGAGUUUGACAUCAAGUGGGCCUCCGCGUCGCUGUACAGCGGCGGCGCUGACACGAUAGUUUCCGCCAUUUAUGCAUUUUUCCUUGCGAUGACUCUCCACCCCCAAGUUCAGGCCAAAGCCCAACAAGAGAUCGACAGUGUUAUCGGUAGUGACAGGCUGCCGACGUUUGCGGACCGUGAAGAUCUCCCUUAUGUGGAAGCAUUGGUGAAGGAGGUCCUUCGUUGGCAUAGUGUUGUUCCUACAGGGGUCGUUCACCGAGCAAUGCGGGACGAUAUUUACGAGGGUUACCUGAUUCCGAAAGGUGCUUUGGUCAUUGCCAACAUCCAUCGCCUAGCACACGAUUCAAGGACGUACAAAGACCCAUUGACUUACAAUCCUGAUCGAUUCCUCUCAACGGAAAAGACUCCAGCAGAACCAGACCCAGACAACCUUUGCUGGGGAUUCGGUCGUCGUAUUUGUCCUGGUAUGCAUCUGGCUGACGCGUCAUUAUUCAUCUCGAUCGCAACGACGCUCGCUGUCUUCAACAUCUCGAAAUGCGUCGAGAAUGGGCAGCCUGUCACCCCAGUUCACCGAUGCACAACGGGAACUAUUAGUCAUCAGGUGGCGUUCCCCUGCAACAUUGAGCCACGGUCGGAAAAGGCGAUUCAGCUUAUUCAGGGCGAGUAG